AUGGAUACCUCGUCGUCACAAACCCAAUGGCAUCCUCGAAACAACGCUGCAAUCUUCAUCCGUGCCUUGCACCUCCUCGACCUCGACCUUCUUCCGGACUGGCCCAGCAUCUCAGAAUCGACACUCCUUCAUCCAACAAAAGCCUCCAGCAACACAAGUAGAACGACACCAGCCCAACCACAGAAGCGCACAAAAUCCCUCGAAUGGGCACUCUACCACCUGUUCCGCCUUUAUUCCCCUUCCGAAGCCGCCUCGAGGCUCUCGCCGUAUUUUCCUCCUGCAACGCCUAUACUGUCGAGGGAUUUGAGGGCCGGGUUAUACAAAUGGCUCACGGAGUUGAAGCAGAGCGGCGUGUUGCCCAGGGACACGGUGCUCCGGAAGACAAUGCUAGAUGAAUGCAAAGGUGACAAGUUUGAGGAGUUGAUUGCGAGGUUCGCAAUGCUGGUUGUCAGGAAAAUACUAUCGCGAGGUCAGAGCGAAGCCAGCAGUGGCCACGUCAAGCGGCAGACACAUGAUGUUGGACGCACUAAGAGGAGCACCGAGGCAGGAAAGCACCAAGAUCCAGACUUCUUGGUGCCUUUGGUCCUCGCCCAUCGGGUCUCUCUGCAGCACUCGCUCCGCAAACGCCAGGAUCUCAAGGAGAAGGCAACAGCUUACGCGCAAAAAUUGGCACAGAUACAAAAGGACAUGGCAAGCGACUUACAUGAUAUUUCUCAGCACUCGUCAAGCCCCGAUAAUUCCGAGAACCUGCUAUCUGCAACCGAUCACCGGUUGCUCCAUGAACGAAUCAAUCUUGCUUUUGCGGGUGAUCGUCGCUGGGGGAGGUAUAUCUUCGAAGGUGCCCCUUCUUCGUCAAAUUCAGCCUCUGCUCGAGACCUGCCAGAAUGGCCCUUUGAAGGACCCUCCCCGUUCGCUCUCAAAGACGACGAGGGAGAAGAGGACGCUAGUCAACCAAUGCGCCAAUUGCAAUCUUUGGUAUCUCAGCACCAGGAACGAAUCGCUCGCCUCACAGCCGUACGCGAUUCUCUGCUCUCUCCUUCUGAAUCAAUAAACGUGUCAGAACGGACACCGAAUAUGCGUACACCAUACUCGGCAGAAGCGACCGUGGGAAAAGGAGAGUCUCGACCCCAAGCAAACAACUUGUCUCAUCGCCCAAAGCCACGGUUCAACCGGCACCAAGAUCUCGUAUUGACUUAA